AUCUCGUUCUCGCCCACCCCGUAAUCUCGGAUCCUUCAACAUGAGGCAAAAACGCGCUAAAACCUAUCGCAAACUCAUGUCUUCGUACUCUACUUUUUUUGGGUUCAGACAACCCUAUCAGGUUCUCGUCGACUCCGAGAUGUGCAAGUUCGCUACAGGAUCUAGCCUGGACCUCGCAAAGCACCUGGGCACCGUUCUUCAAGGAACGGUGAAGCCAAUGAUCACCCAGUGCUGCAUACACGAGUUAUAUUUGCAGGGAAAAACACAGCAACCUGCGGUCGACCUUGCGAAAGCGCUUGAACGGCGGAAGUGUAACCACAGAGAACCUAUUGCAGGGGAUGAAUGCCUUAAAACCGUAGUCGGCGAAACUAACAAGCAUCGUUAUGUGGUGGCAACGAAGUCUCAUGAGCUGCGGGCACACCUCAGGGGUGUUGCUGGUACUCCGGUAAUUCAUGUCAACCGCUCCGUUGUGAUCCUUGAACCACCCAGCGACGCGACUCUGAAAGCAAAAGAGAGGGCAGAAGACCAAUCUCAAAACCCUGAGGACCGUGACCUUGUGCUUCUCCCUCAAAGGACGGAGGCAGCGACCAAUGUCAAGAAAAAGGGCCCCAAAGGUCCAAAUCCGCUGAGUGUGAAGAGGAAGGCCGCGGACUCGAAUGAGGCAGUUAACGCGGGCCAAAAACGCAAAAGCAUGGACAUAACUAAUGACGAGCAGCAAGCCUCAAAGCCUCAAAACCCUCGUAAAAAACGACGUCGGCAUAAGGGACAGAGUAACUCAGAUGUAAUACCUAAUGAAAGUGGACUAUAGUAACUUUUUCAUUGUAACACACAUAUAUACUUCAUUGUCGCCGUCGCAAAACUCCCUCUUGAGCUCGCGAUAAUCUAAACUUCC